GAUGACACCUCCGGAAAUCACAGACUCCGACGGAAUCGCUGUAGGAUCCAAGCUUGGUUCUCUGGUGCAGAGCGAAGCACUUGAGCUUUUUUGCACCCCACCGCAAGAGUUUCCGAGUGCACGCAUCCGCUGGCAGCUUCAAGACCAGUGGGGUCCCUCGUCUUCCAGCGCCGCUGGCACGACGGUGUUGGUUAGCGGCACUGGCUCUCUGCUGCGCAUCGAGGCGCUCGACCGACGCCACCACGGACUGAAGCUGCGCUGUACCGCGAGCCGACCCGUGGCCGGUGCUGCGUCGGCCGCUGUCACGCUGGACGUCUUCCUGGCUCCAGUUCAGGCCCUGCUCGUGCGCCGGGGUCCCUUGGUGGCUGGCGUGACAGCCGAGCUGGAAUGCGUCGCCUGGGGCUCACGUCCCGAGCCGACGCUUCACUGGACGCUGGGCGGUCGUCCGAUGGCAUCGGCGUUCAGCCACUGGGACGGCCGGAACGUGAGCACGGCCACAGUCACGCUUAGACCGGCACCAGCUGACCACGGACGUCGCCUCGUGUGCACAGCCAGCAACCCCAGAACUCCUGCCGUUCCGCCUGUGCAGGACUCUCGUCGACUGGACGUGCACUACCCUCCGGAGGUGCAGCUGGAGACGUGCAACGCAGCAACAGGCUGGGCGUGUCUUCGCUGUCGGGUGGAUGCGAACCCGCCUCCGCUGCGGCUCACCUGGACGCGAGACGGAGAGCCGAUGCGGGACGUGCCCCCACUGUCCGCCGUGCUUCGAUGGCGGCAGAAGCAAGGCCGACUGGAGCACUACGCUUGCGCCGCAGAAAACCCUCUUGGCGCAGCGUCCAGUCGACCGGUGGGGCUAAUACUGCUCGAGAAGCAUGGGAAGGCGACCAUGUCGACGGCCCUAACUGCAGCGCUGCUUCUCCUGCUCGCUCUCGUGCUGCUACUCGUGGCAUUCCUCUGCAUACUGGCGUGGAAUAGACGCCGACUGUGGCUGCGAGGGCUGCGUGGUCGAGCCAGAGGACAACGUAGCGGCGAGGUGUUGCGCGCGGCCUCGUACACUGGGCAAACUGCGUCGUUCGAACGCGCAGAGGCCCACAAGCCUGCGUAGGCCAGACCUCUUCAGCUUACGAAAGUUGCAAUGCUACAUCUUGUACACCACACGAGUGGAAACAAACGAUA